AUUGCAAUAAUCAUUUCAACUUUUUCCCUCAUUAUCUUUUGUCCUUGUGGUGACAAACAGAUAACUCCAGCGAGAUUCUACAAGAAAACUCCAAUGGUUUGGUCAUUUUUAAUCAUUGAACAUAACGAUUGGCAAAAUAGAAUUUAACGUAACAAGAUGGCAAUUAAAGACAAUGGCACAAGCGUUAAAAAGGGCAUUUCGAUCAGAGGAAAAUAUAGAUUCUACUAGUCAUAAACUCGAUAUUUAAGCACUCCAAUCCUGGGCAAGUUGCAUGUAAAUAUAUAUGUGCUUACUUGGACAAAGUAGUGUAAGUUCGUACAAUGGAUUCAGAGGUUGAACUUGAACAUGGAGGAAUUAAAGUUGAUGGAGAAUUGGGUUGGGGAAAGUCUUUACCAGUACCAAGUGUCCAGGAGAUGGUGAGGAAUGACUCCGAGUUUGUUCCGGAAAGAUACAUACAGGAGAGCAAAGACAGGCCACUCGAUUCCACCUUCUACCCCAAGUUUAAUGAAAUUCCAGCCAUAGAUUUAUCUCUGCUGAUCAAUGGAGAUGAAGAUGAACUACACAAACUAGACUUUGCCUGCAAAGAAUGGGGUUUCUUUCAGAUAAUAAACCACGGGGUUCCAGAGGAGGUUUUAGGUGAAAUGAAGGCUGUUGUCGCAGAUUUUUUCAAUCUCCCAUUGGAAGAGAAAAAGAAGUAUGCAAUGGCAGAGAAUGACCUUCAAGGAUAUGGCCAGGCAUACGUAGUUUCAGAAGACCAAAAACUGGAUUGGGGUGACUUGAUAUACUUAAUGACAUCCCCACUUGAAGCUCGAAACAUGAAGUACUGGCCAACAACCUUAUCAGGUUUCAAGGAAGCAGUUGAAGAAUACUCAAGAGAAAUAGAGAGAGUAAGUGAGGAAAUCAUGGCCAGCAUGUCUUUGUUGAUGGGAAUGGAUAAGAAUGGGUUGAAGAGGCUUCAUGUAGUGAGGAAACAAUCAAUGAGAAUGAACUACUAUCCACCCUGCUCCAAGCCUGACCUUGUUCUCGGUGUUAGUCCACAUUCCGACGGUGGAUCCAUAACCCUACUUCUCCAGGACGACGACAUCACCGGUCUUCAAAUCAGAUAUAAGGGAACAUGGCUUCCUGUAAAGCCAAUCCCAAACGCACUGGUGGUCAACAUCGGUGAUGUUGUUGAGGCUUGGAGCAAUGGGAUGUACAAAAGCAUUGAGCACAGAGCCGUAACUAAUGAGAACAAAGCAAGAAUGUCAAUAGCAACAUUUGUAAUUCCACACGAAGGAAUUGAACUUGGUCCUGUGGAAUCAAUGAUGCAGGAUCAGCCAAGAAUGUACAAGACCAUGAAGUACUUGGAUUAUAUUAUACACUCUUUAGGGAGAAAAAUGGAUGGAAAAGCUCAUACAAACUUUCUCAAGUUAGAAAACGAGUCAUGAAUCAAAUGAAAGGCUUCUGAAAUCUUCUCCAGUUAGAACGCAAAAGCAUCAUUAUACCUUUUAGUGACAUUACAAAUUGUUUUUUUUUCUUCUCUUUUUCAAGUUAUGGGUUCGUAAAUGACUAGAAUAUUCACAUAUAUUAAUCCUAAUAACGAAAAAGUAAACAAGAGGAGAUCAUUAUUGCAUGU